AUGGCCGAUGCUAUUUUGCUGUGUUUAGCGUGCGGGGCAACGGAAACACUACUCCCCCGCCUUACGCUUCUUCGACGCCGUCUCAACAGCCGUCGGGUCCACCCUCUGAUACGCGAAGGCCUCGCGCCGCGGCGCCGGCCGCGCGGGCGUGGCCGCCGGCACGCCCGGCACGUCGACGCCCCAGCGCCCCUCCAGACACAGCUGGGCGUCGACGGCCGACACCUCCGCGUCCUCGCCCUCCCUGUGCAGGGCGUGGUCCGCGGCGCGCUCCGCCACCCUAUCCGCGAACGCAUCCAGCGCCCGCAACAGCAGCGCUUCCGCGUCGUCGUCCAGCGCGUAGGCCGCGUCGCGCGCCGCGACGGCCUUUCUCAACUUCCGGCGCGCGCCGUCGUUCUCCUCGAGCGCGCCCUGCGCUGCCUUCUCGGCGGCGACUUUUGUUUUGAGGCUCUGCAUGUUGCCUAUCCUUUUGCCGCGGCUCGCCAUGGUCUCCGGUGAGUGCUCCGGCGUCUGUAAUGUGGCGCGGCGACGGCGUAUGUGAUGCGCCGGCGACGGCGUCUUGUGCAGCUAGUCCAGCUGUGUGCAGCAGCUAGCGCAGACGGGUGCAGCGCGGCAGAUCGUCAAGUUGCGUUACGAGACAGCGCGGAUGGAACCAAUAAAGCAACGCUGCGCUGCUUCUAGCCCACGGAGACAGAGACGGCCGGCGCAAAGUUAAUGCG